AUGCCCAAGAACGCGCCGGCUCCCGACGAGCCUGCCGUUACCUUCAGCUCUGGUUCCGACGCACCCGUUGCCUUGCGUAUUCUCCACCUCAAUGAUGUCUAUCACUUGGAACCCUCCAGUGCUGAGCCCGUUGGCGGUGUCCCUCGCUUCAUCACUGCCGUCAACGAGUACCGCAGUCACGAGCGAUUCAAUGGCCAGCCCGAGCUAAUCACUCUAUUCUCGGGAGACGUCUUCAACCCCAGUCUCGAGAGCUCCGUCACAAAAGGUGAGCACAUGGUGCCCGUUCUCAACAAGAUUGGCGUCGACUGCACCUGUGUUGGUAAUCAUGACUUCGACUUCGGAGUGAAGCAGUUCGAGCACUUGACCGCCAAGUGCAACUUUCCCUGGCUGCUCGCCAACGUCCUAGACCCAGCUCUCGGCGAAAAUGUACCCCUCGGGAAUGCCAAGCACACUCAUAUGCUCACAUCCUCCAAUGGCAUCAAAAUUGGUCUCAUUGGCCUCGGCGAGAGAGAAUGGCUCGAAACAAUCAACAGCUUGCCUCCCGACAUCAUCUACAAGUCCGCCAGCGAGACGGCCAAGGAGCUUGUUCCCCAGCUCCGCGAACAGGGUGCCGACAUAAUCAUCUGUCUCAGCCACCAGCGUGAGCCAAACGACAACAAGCUUGCCGAGAAGACGGACGGCCUCAUCGACAUCAUCCUCGGCGGCCAUGAUCACUACUAUGCGCACAGCUUCAUCAACGGUACUCAUGUUCUGCGGUCAGGUUCCGAUUUCAAGCAACUCAGCUACGUAGAAGUUCGGAAGAAGGCGGAUGGUUCAGGAAAAUGGGACUUUGACAUUGAACGCCGGGACAUCGUCUCUUCCAUCGCAGAGGACCAGGAGACUUUGAAGCUCACUGAGGAGUUGACAUCAAAGCUCAAACACAGCUUGGCCAAGUCGGUUGGCUGGACAGCUUCUCCCCUGGAUGCACGCUUCACAACGGUCCGAAUGAAGGAGAGCAACAUGGGCAACUUUGUCUGCGACGUAAUGAGACACUAUCACAACGCUGACUGUGCUCUCAUGGCAGCUGGCACCAUACGAGGUGACCAGAUUUACCCGCCCGGCGUAAUUAGAGUCAGGGAUAUUACCAAUUGCUUCCCCUUUGAAGAUCCCGUCAUCUUCAUCAGGGUGACCGGCCAGCAAAUAUGGGAUGCCUUGGAGAAUGGCGUCUCGCAGUAUCCGGCACAGGAGGGCCGUUUCCCACAGGUAUCCAACAUUACGUAUACGUUCGACCCCAGCAAGGAACCUGGCUCGCGCAUUGUCGAAGCCACCUUGGGUGGAGGCCCAAUGGAGAUGGACAAGAAGUACACCCUCGCCACUCGUGGCUAUAUGGGUCGAGGAAAGGAUGGGUACACCAGUCUCCUUGUCGAGCCGGAAGGCGGCACAGCUGAGGAGAUCGUCUGUGAGGAGAAUGGUAUCCUCAUUUCAGCUAUGCUUCGCCAAUACUUCAUGAGUCUGCGCACUGUCGGCCAGUGGAAGAAUCUCAGUGAGCACUGGGUUCAGGUAGCCGAAAAGUGCCACACUCCCGUCGAGCCGCGCAAGAUGUGGGAGACACCCGCCGCGACAGGCACCUCAGACCCCAAGCCCGAGGUUCAUUCCAAGUCCUGGGCUGAAUGGAUGGUCAAGAGACACGCUCUCAACACCAAGCUCCCCAAGGACGAAUCGGAUGAGUCUGAUACGGAGGAUGAGGCGGAUACCAUCGCGCAGGUCGACAUGGAGAUGCUUAUUAUGCGCAAGUUCUUCGCCAAAUGGGCGAAGGCGGCAGGCGUGAAGGCCGAAGUCUGCGAUCCCUUGCAAGUAUAG